AGCCAAGCCAAGCCAAGACGUAAUUUUUGUUGCGUCUCACACGCUCGGUUCGUAUUAUUGACUAUGUGUUCAAAUUCGUGCGACUGCGAUGAUACCGUUGCGACAUGUAUACCAGAUCCGAUUUCCUCAAGUUUGUCCGUGUGCAAAACAUGCGAUAGAAAAGCUAAAUUUGUCCUGCGAAAGCACGAUCCAUACUGCAGCGGAUGCUUCUGGAAGAACUGCACCCACAAGUUCCGAUCUACUUUGGGAAAAUCCAGGCUGAUAAAACACGGUGAUAUAGUUCUCGUAUGCUUCUCCGGCGGUCCGGCGUCGUCUGCUAUGGUGGAACUUGUGCUCGACGGUAUAUCAGACGAACCCCUCAAGAGCUUACCGAUCCACCCUAGCCUCUUGUACAUCGAUGACUCAGUCGUGCUUGGCGACAGUGCUGACCACGCGGACGUCAUCAGCCUCAUGAAAGAUACUGGCCGGCGGUACUACACAGUACCUCUGGAACUAGUAUACGCCGAGGGUCCACUCUGUUUCGACUCAAAGUAUAACAACGACGAACUCCGCCACACUUUCACUACAACCUACAACAGCUUUUCUACCCUGACGGACCGCGAAGAGUUUUACAGGCUGACAUUACGUCAGCUUAUAGUACGAGUGGCGCGAGACAACGGUUUCAAGAAGGUCUUCACCGGUGAGACGCAAACUGUGCUCGCUGCGAGGUUACUGUCGAACUUGGCGCUUGGUCGUGGAGCGCAGAUUCCCGACGAAUCUGCGUUCCUGGACUCCAGGGAUGAAUCGGUGAUGAUCUUGCGACCAAUGCGCGAGUUUUCGAGCAAGGAAGUCGCCCUUUUUAACUUCCACACUGGAGUGAGACAUCGUGUGCAGAAAACGCCGAGUACUGGUUGCGACCCCCGUGCCAGUGUUGCCAGGUUAACCGAGAACUUUGUGAACGGCCUCCAGGUAGAUUUCCCGUCCACCGUAUCAACAAUCUGGCGGACUGGGGACAAGUUAGCUGCUAAGGAAUGCAGUGAUAAGACAUGCAAGGUCUGCGGUUCGAAGUUGGACUGCGUGAACCCUCCUGCUGCUUCGGCUGUGAAUGCUCUCGACCUCACCCGCAAGCUUUCGAGGCUGACCACGGGCGAUACAGCAAGUGAAGGCACGUAUGACACAAUGUGUUAUGCCUGCCGAAACCUGUCCGAGAAAGUUGGCUCGUGUGGUCUGCCGAUGAGCAACGUGAAGGCUGUGGACGAUCAGAAUACCACGUGAUACCAGCAGUUUUAAUGUCCGACAAUGGGAUAGUAUAUGUCUUGGAACAGUUGUUGACUGAUCAGAUUUUAGGUUGAUGACCUCGUAAAACUCUGUGCAGGUGGUUACAUUUUACGUACAUGCUUACAAGGAGGCUGCUAUCAAAACAGAGUGUACAUUUGUAAAGAACCAUGAUCUUACCAAAAAAAAAAAAAAAAAAAGGAAUGAAAAUAUGUGUCAGAUUACAUGGGGUGAUUAAAGAAAUUUUCAAAAUGCA